UGAAAUUAACGUGAGUGGACGUACAUUUAUAUACUUAUCUUAAUAAUUGUUAUUUAAAUUAUUCUGAAUAUAGUGUUGUUUCUAUAGUGUAGGACAUUUUCCAUGACCCAUUCUGUAAUAGGAACUUCAGGAAUGGAUCUCCGACUACAUAGCAAACAAUUCAUCUCCAAAUUCAUAGAGGAAUUUCGGAAGAACUCUUGUCUAUGGAACAUUCUCCACCCAGAGUACAAAAACAAGAAGUCAAGGAUGAAGGCCUACAACCGACUACUGAAAUUUUCAAAGGCAGCCGAGCCAAAUAUUACGAUCGAUGAAAUAAAAAAGAAGAUCCAGUCAAUGCGAGCCUCGCAUAGAAAAGAAAGAAGGAAAGUGGCUGGAAGUCUUCUAAAAGCCACCAGUCCGAAAGAAUUCUAUGUACCGAAAUUGUGGUAUUACAAAGAGCUUGAGUUUCUGAACACACAAAUGGAAGAAACAUUUGAAACGACCAAUGUUGACGAAGAUGACCGAUUAUCUGAGAAGUUCAAGAAUGACAAUAUUUCUGAAAAUUCCAUUAAUUUUGAUGAAAUUGAAGUAAAAAUACAGCCAAGCGAUGAUGAUGACAAUGAAUCUGUAAAAUCCAUUACAUCAAAUCUUUCAUUGACUACUGCAAAUCCACUCCACGAAACAUGGGGGUCACCAUCCACCUCUACAUCUAAGAAACCAAUGGAAACGAAUCAGCCCUUAGAACAGAACAUACGAAAUAACAAUCCAAACGAGACCUUUAAUUAUAUCGCAAGAAAAUUAGACCAUAACAUAGAUGAAUUCGACAUAUUUGGCCAAAGUGUUGCAGCAGAAUUGAGAAAAAUGAACAGCAGGCAGCAAAUUAUAGCUAAAAAGUUGAUGAAUGACGUCAUUUUUCACGGACAACUUCAACACUUGACAGUUGAUGCGCAAAUUCAAAUUAAUAAUUUUUAUACGGAAUCUUAGCUUAAUUCUAUUAUUAUUUAGAAA